UCCCGUCAACUCUUUAUUAUUGCUGGCUUACAAAACAACAAUAAAAGUUCCAGCUCGAGGACAGUCUUACUACACCGCCACCAUGUCCGCCGACACCACCCCCAUAUCACCAGCUCGCUUCGCCUCCGCGAUCAAAGACCUCUCCAUCGGCAUGCUUCACCUCAAGGUCCUCGAAAUCCGCAACUCCAUCGCCCACCUCCAAUACUCCAACGACCAGCUCAAGCCAUUCGCAGAGGGCACCUCCGUCGCGCUAGGCGAAUCCACAAGCACAUCUGCCGCAGAGCCAGACCAGGACUGCAUCGACGCCAUCAAGGAGAACGAGGUCGUGAUCGACCGCAUGGCAGAGCGCUUAGCCAUCGUCCGCGCAGAGGUCGAAGACCGAGGUAUCAGCUGGACGGAAUUUCAGAGCCAGGAUGAGGUGGCAGCAAACACAGAUGCUGGCGUCGAGGGGAUUGAAGAGGCUGCUAUAAACGGGCUUGUUAAUGGAGAGGUUGCUGGCCAGCCGGGUGAGACGAGACAUUCGGCUUGGACGGACGGCACGUUCCAAACUGGCACAAUUUCAAAUGGCCAAGUACGAUUUGAUAGUCAACCCGCAGGACAAAAUGCGCCGGCCAAUGAUAGUGCUGCACAAUCAACAACACAAGGGGGAGAGAGCCAUGGUAAUACUGAGGAGGAUGGUCUGCAUCUAUGAGUAUGAUAUGAUAUGGGAGAAAAUAAAAAGUAAUGGAAAGGAAUAAUGUCAGGCUACAUGGUAGGCGUUUUGGAAUCUACAUUGGGCUAGAUAGAUGCCCCAAAGAUAUACCCCCUCUUUGGCAAAGUAAUCACAGCUU